ACUCAAACGGCUGCUGGAGCAGGAAAAGGCCUAUCAGGCUCGUAAGGACAAGGACCACAGCAGGAGGCUGGAAAAGGUCAGAGCGGAGCUGGUGAAGCUCAAGUCCUUUGCCCUGAUGUUGGUGGACGAACGGCAGCUGCACAUCGAGCAGAUCGACCAGCAGAGCCAGAAGGUCCAGGACCUCACUCAGAAGCUGCAGGAAAAAGAGCAGCGAUUGGCCACCGUGACCGACGGCGCCAAGGAGGACGGACAGAAGGUCCUCAAACUGGAGGCCGAGCUGGAGCACAAAACAGCCACGUUUGCACAGGAGCACGAAGAGAUGACCACAAAGUUAGGAAACCAAGAGACACAAAGCAGACAGCUGAGGCUGAAGCUGGCUGGACUGGCUCAGAAGAUCGAGGAGCUGGAGGAAAGAAACAAAGAGCUGCAGAAGUCUGAGGAGGACCUGCAGGAGCUGAGGGAGAAGAUCAGCAAAGGGGAGUGUGGCAACUCCUCUCUGAUGGCCGAGCUGGAGAAUCUGCGUAAGAGAGUGCUGGAGAUGGAGGGUAAAGACGAGGAGAUCACUAAAACAGAGACUCAGUGCAGGGAGCUGAGGAAGAGGCUGCAGGAGGAGGAGAACCACAGUGCGGAGCUGAGGCUGGAGGUGGAUAAACUGCAGAAGAGAAUGGCUGAACUGGAGAAACUGGAGGGAGCUUUCAACAAGAGCAAAACGGAGUGUUCCCAGCUUCAUACAAACCUGGAGAAAGAGAAACGUGUCGUGAGGGAUCUGGCUGCUGAGCUGGAGACAGUGAAAACCCGACUGAAAGAACUGGAAUCAUCAGAGACAAAGUUUGAAAAGACAGAAAUGCUCCUCAAAGACGAUCUAGUAAAGUUGAAAUCAUUCACGGUCAUUCUGGUCGAUGAAAGAAAAAACAUGGCGGAGAGACUAAAACAGGAAGAACGGAAAAGUGAGGAUUUGAGUAAGAUGUUUAAAGCAGAGCAAGGAAAGGUCACAGAGGUCACAGAGAAGCUGAUCGACGAGAGCAAAAAACUUCUCAAAUUCAAGACAGAGAUGGAAGCUAAAGUGACAAAUCUCGCCAAAGAGAAAGAUGAGUUGAAAACCAAACUUGCAAGUGAAGAGGAAAAGUGUAGGGAGCUAAAUAACAAGCUUAGUGGUAUGAAAUUAAGGAUGGACAGACUGGAGGAGACGGAGAGGGAGAUGCAGAGACAGUGGGCCAACAAAGACAAUAACAAGCGUCCAGAUGAAGACAACAAAGUCAAAGAGCUCACGCUAGAAAUUGAAAGACUUAAGAGCCGGCUCAAACAACUCGAGGUGGUGGAGGGAGAUUUAAUGAAAACAGAGGACGAGUAUGAUUUACUGGAGAAGAAAUUCAGAACAGAGCAGGACAAAGCAAACACCCUCUCAAAGCUGCUGGAAGAAAUGAAAAGUCAGAUUGCCAGAAACAAGGCGAUAGAGAAAGGUGAGGUCGCGAGUCCCGAGGCUGAGCUGAGAACUCGCUGUAAGAUGGAGGAGGCGAGAACCAGGGAGCUGCAGGCGGACGUCCUGGCCCUGAAGGAAAAAAUCCACGAACUGAUGAACAAGGAGGACCAGCUCUCACAGCUGCAGGUGGACUAUUCUGUCCUGCAGCGGAGAUUCAUGGAGGAGGAAGAGAAGAAGAAGAGCAUGUUUCAAGAAGUGGACUGUCUCACCAAGGAGCUGGAGUCCACCAAGUGCUACAGCCGGGCACUGAGGCCAAGUAUGAACGGCAGGAGGAUGGUUGAUGUCCCGGUGACCUCCACAGCAGUGCAGACAGACCUGGUGGCCAGCGAUCCUGCUGAGGACGAGACGACGGCAGGCUUUAUCAGAAAGUCAGUCCUUGAGGAAAACCACUUGAUGAGCAACCUCAGACAACGAGGUCUAAAGAAGCCGACGGUUCUCGAACGAUACCCUCCAGCUUCUGCAGAACUUGGGGCAAGAAAAUCCUGGGUCCCUUGGAUGAAAAAGAAAGAGGCCGUUACUGCGAAGACCAACGGGACGUCGUCUCUGCUCUCACAGGAAAUGACCAUGUCGCAAAAGCCCGGUCAGCCUCUGCAUAUCCGAGUGACCCCAAAUCACGAGAACAGCACGGCCACCUUGGAGAUCACCAGCCCGAGAGCUGAGGAUUUCUUCUCCAGCACCACCAUCAUCCCGACACUCGGCCUUCAGAAACCUAGAAUCACAAUCGUCCCCAAACCCACAACUGUGACCUCAAGGAGCAAAGCCUGUGACGUGAUGGGACGUCUUGAUGGAGCCAAGUCUCCAGUCUCAAUAACCACCGUCUCCAGGGCCAAGAGUCCAGAGAAGACCAACGGCAGCAGCUCAGGCAGCCUUCAGUCUCCGGUGUCCAUCAUCACCGUCAGCACCACACCUGUGGCAGAAGCAUGUGCUUCACCUGAGCCUCACGAAAUGACCGCAGGCCGCACCGUGAUCAAGAUGACCCCCGAGAAGCAACCUGGGCCUCCACAUGUCAGGAAAUACAACGCCAACAGCAGCAUCAUCACAACAGAGGACAAUAAGAUCCACAUCCACCUGGGGGGGCAGUUUAAAAGACCGUCAGAGGGGAGCAGCAGUCCUGUGCUGACGCUCAGACAUCAGGGUUUGAGCUCCGACGGCAAAGAAUCAUCAACGGGAACAGUUCUCCGCUCCCCACGCCAGACCUCCACGGGAAAGACGAGCAAAAUGACGAGCAGCAUAACAAUCACACCCGUCACCUCAGCAGCUUCCAGACCGACGCAAUCAGUGCCCGGCUCGGAGGUGCAGUCAGCUCGGAGCGCGGCCACGCGCAUCCCUGUGUCAAAAGGUGUGAAACCAACCAGCAAGGCGGUUCUGGGAGUGUCGACGAUGACCAGGUUGGAGGCGCGGGCCGAGGGCCAGUCGAUGAAAAUCGAGCUGAGGAAGUCGACCGUGUGCGGAGGCUCGGCCUCGGGAGGCAAGAGCUGAGGCCUGAAGACGCUGCCAUGGCAACGACUCAUCGUGAACGUCUCAGUUUGAAAAACAGAACCGGGACUGUGUGUGUGACGCUGCCUUUAACAACAGAUUUUCAUCCUUUGUGAUCUGAAAUACAUGUUUUCAGGAAAGAUUUUAGUUUUGAAGCUUCUCUGUCUCUUUGCAUGUGAACACUCGGUUUCAUGUUCUGAUCCUUGACUUGUAAUCUCAUCAUCCACAUUUUUCACAGCAUGUGUUUACCACAGCUUACGGAGGUUUCCACUCACUGCAGCACUGUGAAUAGUCUGUGGAGUUUGUGCCACACUAAAAUAAAAUCUAUUUAUCUUCAUGCAUCGCAGCUUUUAUUCUACGCGUGAGGUUUGAGAGGAGGAGCGGGGAAAUCUCCAUCAUAUUAAAGUCAUGAAAACUAAAGCUCAGAGCUGACGUGUUGGUGAACGCUUCGCCAGAUGUUUUCAGGGUCUUUGACAAAACAACUGUAAAUGAAACUUUGGGUGUUAACUCAGGAAGUAUUUCAAAUAAAGAAGUGUUG